GUUAGCUACCUUAGCAACAAUUCUACACGAUAAAUGGUGCGACACAACGUUUGACCACAGUUUGAUUGAUUGAGUAAAGAACAAAUCAUUAUUUUGAAAGACUGACUCAAGGGCACAGCCCGAUCUUCUUCAAUCAUGGAGAUAGUUUACGUAUACACCAAGAAGCGGAGUGAGUUUGGCCGGCAAUGCAACUUUUCGGACCGGCCGGCUGAACUUCACGUUGACAUCUUGCCCGACGAGAGCCUAGCGUCGAAUUUCAUCGAGAAGAAUCCUGUGGACAGAGGUAUUCAGUGUGUCCAGGAGAUGUCUGAACAUGAGAUAAACACAGAGAGAUUUGAGACAGAGACAAGAGGCAUUAACCAUGUGGAAGGAGGCUGGCCUAAGGACAUCAACCCGCAGGAAGUUGAGCAGGUCAUCAGGUUCCGCAAGAAGGUGGAGAAGGAUGAGACGUACAUCAACACAAUCUCGCAACUGGCUACGACAAUGGAGCAUUGUAUUCGACAGAACAAUGCCAUCAAUAUCUAUGAAGAUUAUUUCUCUGAUCUAGCCAUUGAGGAAACAGAGGAGACUCCAUCCGCUAAGACCAUAAACGUCUUCAGAGACCCAAAUGAAAUAAAGCGCACAGCUACUCACCUCUCCUGGUAUCCUGACGGUGCUCGUAAACUGGCUGUAGCUUACUCCAACCUGGAAUUCCAAAGAGCAUCGGCCGAGACAAGUCUAGAUUCUUAUAUCUGGGAUAUUGAAAAUCCCAAUAAGCCAGAGACAACUCUGAAGCCAGUUUCUCCGCUAGUGUGCUUGGAGUACAACCCUAAAGAUGUGCAUGUACUGAUAGGGGGCUGUUACAAUGGGCAGAUCGCAUUUUGGGACACGAGGAAGGGCUCACAGGCUGUUGAAAUGUCCCCUGUUGAGCACAGCCACCACGAUCCCGUCUAUAAGACGAUCUGGUUGCAAUCCAAGACAGGCACGGAAUGUUUCUCUGCAUCAACUGACGGACAGGUUCUGUGGUGGGAUACACGUAAACUUGGCGAGCCCACAGAGAAACUGGUGAUGGAUCCCAACAAGAAAGGCAACAUGGAGAAUGCGCAGGGAGUCAUAUCACUGGAAUAUGAACCUACUGUUCCGACAAAGUUCAUGGUGGGCACUGAGCAAGGAACAAUCAUCUCCUGCAACCGAAAAGCCAAGACGCCUGCCGAGAAAAUUGUGGCCAUCUACAAAGAGCACAUCGGACCCGUCUACUGUCUCCAGAGAAAUCCUUUCUUUCCAAAGAACUUCCUGACAGUAGGAGACUGGACAGCUAGGAUUUGGUCAGAAGAUGUAAGGGACUCCUCUAUUAUGUGGACCAAGUACCACAUGUCGUACAUGACUGAUGGUUGCUGGAGUCCUGUCAGACCAGCCGUGUUCUUCACAACUAAGAUGGACGGAACCCUGGAUGUAUGGGAUUAUCUCUUCAAACAGAACGACCCAACACUUAGCCUCCAGGUGUGCGAUGAAGCCCUUCACAGUUUAAGGGUCCAGGACCAGGGCCACCUGAUUGCCACCGGUUCCCACACCGGUACCACCACCCUCCUGGAGCUGUCCAGUAGUCUGUGCACCAUGCAGCGCAAUGAGAAAGCCCUGGUGACCGCCAUGUUUGAUCGGGAGACCAAACGGGAGAAGAUUCUAGAGUCGAGACAGAGAGAGCUGAGGCUGAAGAGAGCUGGUACAAGUGCAGCUGGCAAUGAGGAUGACGAAGCCAACAAUGAUGAGGAAGAGGACCUUGUGGAGUCAGCAGAGAAAGAUUUCUUCUACAUGAUCAACGCUGAUAAGAAGAAGCAAGCGGCAAAGAACGCCAAAGCAAACCAGGCUAACAAAGAUGUUGAUAAUACCAUCAUUGAAGAGAACGGGGAUGAAGACGGAGAGAAGAAAGACACAGAGAACGGCGAAAAAGAGGACAAAGAAUGAUGACCUAACCCCUGACCUUUAAGACUCAACCUUUGACUCCAUACAUGUUUUGUAUUUACAUGUGGACAGAUUUGCAAAUAGUUCAACCUUUUGCCAGACCUCAGUUCGUGUGUAAAGGGCCCAAUUUCAUAGAGCUUUAAGCACAACGAAAUUAUGCUUACCUAGAAGGGUUACCAGCCAAACUACCUUUUUGUAGGUACAAUGGGUGACUGGUAUCCUACUCAUUUCUGCUUAGAAGAAAAUUUUUAAGCAAAAUGUUCAGCUUAAACAGCUCUUUGAAUUUGGCCUAGAAACGUUUAUGAAAAAUUAUGAACCUUAUAAGCAAUGGUAUAAAUAAGGUGUCAUUUGUUGUUUGUCUUAAAUGCUAGACAUGGCAGUAUGUUUUUUAUACUUGAUUGUACAUAAGUUUACAAUUGUUUGUGUAACCAAAAAACUUUUUAAAUUUGUCUGUUGCAGGGGUGUAUAUAUUUCCAUGAAUUAAGAGUGUUUCCACUUCUGAGUUAUGCUAAAAAAAAAUUAAAGAGACUAAAAUCUUCUUUGCUUGAUUCAGGCUGAUUGUAGUCUAGUUAGGAUUGGGUUCUCAGUCCCUACCUGAUUGUGUGGGUUUAACCAACGGUACAGUCUUUCCCCCACAUCUUAAAAUUUAUAUCUUCAGUGUUUUCAAACAAGUUGAUUUACUGGCAUUAUUUCCGUUUUCUUUGGAAUUUUUUUGCCACAGUGUUCACACAUUUACAAGGUUUCUACAACCAUUAUUGUUUUGACCUUAAAACUGUUCAGGGCUUUUUCUUCAAUAUUAUUUUGUUUUCCAAAUUUCAAAUGGUUGCUAACUGUCAAUUAACUUUGUUCGCAUGAUGUCGUUUGAGUAGGGAGCCCUUGGCUAGAGGUCAAAAGAAGGUUGCUCAUUGGCCCAUCAUGUGCGUCGUGCGUACUAAGAUGUGCGCUUUUCAUUGAUUCGUCAUCGUUCCUACGUAUAAGAUGGCGGCAUGAUGACAUCUAAGCAAACGGAUUAACCAUCUUUGUCCCCUUCCCAUCAUGUUUAUUUUUAAUGAUUGAAAUCAUUAUGUAUUGCACCAACAAGCACUGCCUUUAGACACCAGCUUUGCAAAUAACCGUCCAUGUACAUAAUAUGUAUUUCAUAAUAUGCAUUUACAAAAAAUAAAACCAUUAAAAAAAAAUGUAUUCAAAUAAUUUAAUGUUGUAUAAAAUACUAUAAUUGUAUUCUGUGUUGAAAGACAGAAAUAAAGUAUUCAGGACUGACAAAAUUCAUUUAAAU